AUGGGAAGGAGCGGCGUCGGGCGUCGUGUGUUGGAUCUGGCUGCUGCCGCUGCUCGAGCUGCGACAAUGCAGCCCAAAGCCGAGGGGGGUCAAAGCUUGAAGCAAGCUGGCUCUGGGAGGCGACGCCACGCCAACGCCUCGCCUUGCCUCGCCUUGCCUCGCCACGCCUCCCCAGCACACGUCCGGAGAUUGAUUGCAGCAUCAGCUGCAGCCAAUGCGGGAAAAAAAGAGCCCUCUCUAGCCCUCUCUAGCCCUGGCCAUGGCAUCACGCCGCGCGGACCUGCAAAAUCCAACCCAAAUUCAAAAGUAGAGCUCCAUCGACCCACCGCCGCUGCGCCCACGCCUCGGCCGCACCGAUGGCAACCUCAAGCCGGAGCAGCUUUGGCUCGACGCCGAGCGUUUCUCUUUGUGGCCCGCUCGUCGAGUGCUCAGCAACAAGAGCUCAGCUUCAUCUGGGCCCGCGCCUCUGCAGCCGCAUGGACGCGAUGGUGGGGCGUCGACCGACAACACACGCGCACGCCGCCAUUCAAGCCCGCCGCGACUCAUCGGUCUCCGCUGCUGCCCGGAAGCUCGUCCGGAAAGACGGCGUCGAUCGCCCAACGAAGCGCGAGAGUUGACCGGAAGCUUCGAGGCGUCAGGUCGGCAAGCGCAAGCUUUCCAUGGCCUGUCGUUCGCAACAAGCAUGCGAUCGACGCUUAG